AUGUUUGGAAAGUCUCUUCAUAUCCUCUGCUUCGGCGAUAGCCUCAGCGCGGGGUUCACUUUGACCGGCCCAGAGUUACAUCCUUAUGAGGUUGCUAUGAAAAGUACAUUGCAAAAGGCAUUUCCGACUUAUGAGAUAACUACGGAUGUUCAAGGUGUCGCUGGAGAUCAAGUUGUAACGCCACCAGGUGGUUUCUUGACCCGAAUGGACAUGCUAUACGAACGACUCGACCAGAGCAAUCCCUACACACACGCCGUGAUCCUCGGCGGAACAAACGAUCUCGCCGUCGAGCAUCCCGUCACUUUGAUCUGGAAAGCCCUUAAAGAUGUGUACCAAAUCCCCCUCUCCCACAACACCACCGUCCUAGCCCUCACAAUCCCCGAAUGCCCAGCAUGUUUCAACGUUAAGCCGCAGAAGCGAGAUCGUAUUAACGAAGCUAUGCUAGCACGACAAGCUCAUGAUUUUUACACACUCGACCUAUGCAGCCUCAUCCCCUUCCAAUCUCUCCCCGAGAAACGAAGGAAUGAACUGUGGGACGACGGAGUACAUUUCACGCAUGAAGGGUACGAUCUGAUGGGAAAUUUGAUUGGAGAGAGGUUGGUUGAGAUCAUUACAGCUCAGCUGAAUGAGUCGGCGACGGGAGAGGAGGAUGAGGGGGAGGAGGAGGAGGAGGAGGAGGGUGAGGCGGUAUUAGAGGAGGUCAGGGAGUUGAGGUGA